GAACGAUGUCAGCUGAAGAAACUUUAAUCUAGAUUGUCCACCAAAGGGAACAGCUGCUAGAACAAGUUUUUCCUUGCUGACCUGUUGACUUGCUUUAAUUGCAGGAAUAAGGAGAACUUUGUAUUGUGAAUGACAUCCUGGGAGGAGAAAUAGAUAUGCUGCUAGGGUUUCUGUGGAUACCAAAGCUCAAUUCACAAUGCCAAUCUUAUCAGGAUGCUUGAACAUCUGCAGCUAAUUACAGGACUUUAAAAAGAAAAUCAGCAUGGCCUAGUUGGUUUCACCUUUGGAAAACUUAUAAUGUCCUCUGGAACCAGUAUCAGCAAAAAUCGCCAGGCUCCGAGCCUGCAGGGUGUUGACCCAGAAACAUGCAUGAUAGUGUUUAGAACUCACUGGGCACAGGUUGUGAAGAUUUUAGAGAAGCAUGAUCCUUUGAAAAACACUCAGGCAAAGUAUGGGGCAAUUUCACCUGAUGAGGCCAGCACUGUUCAGAACUAUGUGGAGCACAUGCUUUUCUUGUUAAUUGAGGAGCAAGCAAACGAUGCCUCAAUGGGGCCUAUUCUGGAGUUUGUGGUCUCAGAAAACAUCAUGGAGAAGCUUUUUCUUUGGAGCCUCCGGCGAGAGUUCACGGAUGAGACAAAAAUCGAGCAGCUCAAAAUGUAUGAAAUGCUAGUAACCCAGUCUCAUCAGCCUUUGCUGCAUCACAAGCCCAUCUUGAAACCUUUGAUGAUGUUGCUGAGUUCCUGCUCAGGAACAGCCACUCCAACAGUGGAAACAGAGUUGGUUGUCCUCUUGAACCAGCUCUGCUCUAUAAUAGCCAAAGAUCCCUCCAUUUUAGAGCUGUUUUUUCACACCAGCGAGGACCAUGGAGCUGCCAAUUUCCUUAUAUUUUCCCUGCUGAUUCCCUUCAUCCACCGAGAAGGAACAGUAGGCCAACAGGCCCGUGACGCACUGCUUUUCAUAAUGUCUCUGUCUGCAGAAAACAACGUUGUUGCAAACCACAUAGCAGAAAACACCUACUUUUGCCCAGUGUUAGCAACAGGACUAAGUGGCCUCUAUUCAUCUUUGCCUACAAAGUUGGAAGAAAAUGGAGAAGAGUGGCACUGUCUGCUGAAGGAUGACUGGCUCUUGUCACCAGCCCUUGUACAGUUCAUGAAUUCCCUUGAGUUUUGCAAUGCUGUGAUACAGGUGGCACAUCCAUUGAUACGUAACCAGCUUGUAAAUUACAUUUACAAUGGAUUUUUGGUGCCAGUAAUGGCUCCUGCCCUCCAUAAGCUGACUGUGGAAGAGGUGAUGACUACCACUGCGUACCUGGAUCUCUUUUUGCGUAGUGUUUCAGAGCCAGCCCUCCUCAAGAUUUUCCUCCGGUUUAUUUUGCUGCACCGACAUGAGAAUGUGCACAUCCUAGAUACGCUUACUAGCCGAAUCAACACACCAUUCCGGCUCUGUGUGGUCUCCUUGGCAUUGUUCAGAACUCUCAUAGGCUUGCAUUGUGAAGAUGUGAUGUUACAGCUAGUUUUAAGGUAUCUGAUCCCAUGUAACCACAUGAUGUUGAGCCAGCGUUGCGCUGUGAAAGAGAGAGACUGUUACUCUGUGUCUGCUGCAAAACUGCUGGCCCUGACGCCAGUGUGUUGCUCCACUGGGAUCACCUUAACAGUUGAAAGCCAAGGAAAAGAUUAUAUUCUAUGGACAAAAGCAGCACAAACUAAAGACUCUGGUAGACGCUUUUCUGAAUCUACCUGCAUUGUAGAAUACGGAAGAGCUGUGGACCUCAGCUACUUGCAGUACCUGGGUGAAGCUCAAGAAGCCAUCCUUCAAUGCCUGAAAGAUUGUAAAGUUUGGUCUGCCUUGUAUGAUGGAGUAAACCCUGAUCCAGACACCUUUAUCCAAACGCUUGCUGAGGAGAACAAUACAGAUGUGGAACACCCCAUGUUUCGGCUCCAGCAAAGGACACCUAGCAUGUGUAGCUCCUCUCAAACAACUCCUUUUAGUGAAAAGAUGCAGUUGGAGCUAGAAUGGGAUGAUAGCUAUGACACAGGGAUUUCUCCUGGUUCUGAUGUGAGCUCACCACAACCGUAUGAUGAUCUGGGAAACGCAGAGAUGCAGCCACUUGCAGAGCCACCAAAAUACAUCCAAGAAAUGAAAAAAAGUGCCAUCAUGCUCAUCAAAGGAUCUUACAUAGAGGAAUCAGACUUUCAGGAUGAUAUUAUGGUUUACAGGUUAUGUGCCCAGAAGGAUACUCAAGAGGAUGACAGCUCCAAGGAGAAAACUUUAAAUACAGCCAGAGAACACAAGGUCCAAAGCCAGACUGUAGUCAAUGGGCCUCUUGCAAAGAGCCAACUGGAAAUCGACUUGGAUGAGCACAGUAAGAGAAAUUCAAGCUUGACUCAAGGUGUAAUGAAAGAACAAAUAAACCAGAAUAUGAUGGAGAUUGAUCCACAGCCAGACAUAGAGUUGAAGCUUUCUCCUCAGGAGGCAGAUCGUAACUUAAGUGUAAGACUGCUGAGCACAGAUGGUGAGGAUUUCAUUGCACAGUAUGACAAAAUUAUUAAGGAACUGGAUCCAAACAGUGCAAGCUUGGAGGAGCAACAGUUGGAUACUCCUGACCCUGUCUCUCCUGCAGAAGAGGAGGAGGACUUUGAGAAUUUCUCAGCAGACACCCCUUCUGCGGAGAGUGUGUCAUCUCCCUUUGGACCAAAGGAGGAUGUUUCUCCUAAGCACGCUGCAAGGAGCCAGAGUGCUCCAUUUACAGGACCGUUCAUCAGUGUAGUGUUGUCAAAGCUGGAGAACAUGCUGGAGAAUUCCUUGCAUGUCAAUUUACUGCUUAUUGGGAUUAUUACUCAGCUGGCAAGUUAUCCACAGCCUCUUCUUCGCUCCUUUCUGCUCAACACCAACAUGGUGUUCCAGCCUAGUGUGCGGUCACUUUAUCAGGUGCUGGCAUCUGUGAAAAAUAAAAUUGAACAUUUUGCUUCUGUUGAAAAAGACUUCCCAGGUCUUCUCCUGGAGGCCCAGCAGUACUUGCUUUUUCGUGUGGACAUGUCUGAUGCUGCGGAAGAAUUGCUAACCAAAGGUAAUAUCCAGCACAGCAGCAACGCAGGCAAAGGAAAGAACUUCUCUGAAGCUUACCCAGCGGUACUCCAGCCUUUCCUGGUACAGAAAAGAAAGAAAGGCCUGGCUCAUCCCAGCCUUCCUGCACACGUGAGGAAUGCCGUACUUGCAGCUGCCCUCUUCCCAGAGUUCCUGAAGGAGCUGGCAGCUCUUGCCCAGGAACAUUCCAUUUUAUGUUACAAAAUACUGGGGGACUUUGAGGAUUAUUAUUAGUGGGGUUUUAAAAUGUGUUUUUUAAAAAAGCUUUUGGAGUUCAAACAAAUUUUUAAUGCAAAGCUGCUUACAAAAGAAGGUUGUACUUCAGUAAUUCCUGAAAAUACUUGAUUUGGAGGGGGAAGGAGGAGACAUAAUGUUAUUCCAUGUUUUUUUAUAUUAGGCCUUAUAAUUUCCCUCUGUGCUAUGUAACUUAUUUCAGAGAUUUCUGAUACUGCUCCUACUGCAGGUCCCUACUUUAUCUCCUCCUCUUUACCCAACCACCUUCUUUGGAGUAACUGAAUCCUGUUGAAUCUCUGCGAUGGACACUUGUUGGUUGGCUACAAGAGGCAAACAUUUUAGCUUUUUCUGUUCCAGAAAUUCUCUUCUGGAUAAUUAGAUCGAAGAAGUUUGGA